AAGAGAAGUUGCCUCCACAGCCUUUUUGUGGGAUGGUCUGCGGCAAGGCGCAGGAGCAAGCUGGUGGGGCAAGAGCUGGUGAGUGAGCCCGUGCCAGCUCCGGAGCUCAGGGGAGCUGACCUUGGGCCAGAUUUGCGCUGGACUGGCCUGACCUGCACUUCUGGUUUCUGGAGAUUAGACAGAGGGCAAGGCUGAGCCCUCUUUCGCCUGCACGCCCGGAGAGUGCUGAGCGAGCGCGAUGGGCACUGUGACAGCUUUCUCCUUAAGGGACUUCUCUAUGAAAGAGGAAGUUGUCUUGAAAUAACUCAGGCACUUCCCUUUUCACUUUGCAGACUUUGAAGAGUGCAGCAGAGACCGCGGCAGGGCAGCAGCCGGAUUAUUCGCACUUGCACAGGGUGACUUCCUGGCGGGGCAGAGUGGACCUGGCGAUGGCUCCCUGAGGACUCUGCUCUGCAUCUUCGCUCUGGAGGACGUCUCGGGUGCACCUAUGACUCUCCGAGCUCCCUGGUGCCUGCCCUAAAGAAGUGAGACACAGGACCCAAGGCCAUGCCCGAGCGGAGUGAGAGGGAGCUGCUGACUCGCCCCGCUGCCCGAGAGCCCUUGCGACCGCCGCGCCCGUCCCGUGCUGCAGCCUUGGCCCGGCCAUGGAGAGCGCAGAGGUGGAGUCCGACAUCCUGCGCCGCGUGCGAACCCUGCUGCGAGAGCUGGACGGACACCGCCCGGCCUUUCAGUGCGACCGAGGGAUGCUGCGAUGGACCUUGCAUAAAAAGAUUGAUCAGAAUCCUAGUAACAACUCCAUCCUGGUUGGGAUCCUGGUGAAAGAGCUGGAAAGGGCUGAAAGAAGUGACUACAGACAUUACAUCAUCCCCUUGCUGCACACGCUGAUGUACGCAUUGAUAAAGGCUCCCUGCAUCUCCAAAGAUCUUUGCAGCAGAGUGUAUGAUUUCUGUAAGAAGCUGCUCACCCUGCCCAAGCCUUUCUGUACCAUUGGUUUGGACUACGCUGUCAGGCUGAAAAUGGAAAGGACAGCCCCAGGUAUGCUGUACCAAAGAAUGGUGAUUACCGAACAAAGUCUUAAAAGUGACCUGUACCCUUAUCAGGAAAAGGUUUUCAUCUUUGCAGAUCCGGAGCUGCUCUCCGAAGCCAUCUGCAACGCGCUAGUCACCGACACGGAGGCUGCUCAGGUUUCCCAGAGCCCCCGGGCGUGCAUGUCCUACGUGAUCAUCCAUGCCAUGCAGGCAGGCCUGGGUGAGGGCUGUGACACCAGCGCCUUGAAGAGGAGCCUGCAGGAUAUGCCCAUGAGCGACGUAGAGCACUGGUUCCAGCAAGUGGUGGUGGCAGUCGAAUGUACAGGAAACGAGGCGAACGCGGACCGCAGCCAGCACACGGCAAGGCUGGAGGAGAUUUACUGUGCCGUUCUGGGCUCCGUGCCAGCAGGUGACACUCCCUUAGGAGAGCUCCAGGGUAUCCCUCUGCCCAACCCCAUCAUCAGCUUUCACCUCUGGAGAGAAGACGACCAGCUCUGGAAGGAAUUGGUGCUGUUCAUCCGCCCACUGUCACAGAGCUGCGAGCCGGACCUGCUGAGCCAGGACCUGGACAACUUUGAAAUCCAGGACAUCAUUUCAGACUGUGAGUGCUGCAAGCAGACCCGCUUCUCCAUGCUCUCCACCGACAGUGGCAUUGAGCGGGACCUGCCCGCAGCGGCUGAGGAGUCUGUAGCCCCUUGCAGCUCCGAGACAGAGCAAUCCCGGCUCCAGAGGAAAGGUGGCAUUAAGAAAAAGCCAUCCCCGCUAGAGAGCGUGGCCUUCCUGCAGGCUGGUUGCAACAGUCCUGGGGUGAAGCAGGUGAUGAAGCCGCAGAGGCCAGGCAUCACCCCAGAGCCUGUGGCCCCGCUGCAGAGACUGCACACUGCCCGCAUCGUGCUGCUGGGGGACGACAGGAUCCUGGGACGCUUGGCCCAAGCAUACCACUCACUGAGGAAACGAGAAACACGACGAGUUUUCCUGACUCCAAGGCUGAACCUGCAGUUCUAUCACAUCCCGGUCGUGACGGGGCAGCCAAAUACGUUGGCCGCUGCGAACUGCCCUGCUGCUGGCCGUGAGGAGCUCUGUGAGGUGGCUGGGUACCUGGGCAGAGCUGACCCGUGGUAUGAGAGCAACAUCAACACGCUGUGCCACAUGAUUCCAAAACUGGCCACCAUGCCUUCCUCUCCGAGUAAGCAUCUUGUGACUGAUCUGUUCCUCACUGAUGUGAUCGCAUACUAUGUCCGCAUGGGCAUACAGCCCGUCUGCUUCCAGGUCUAUGCAGCGAAGAUUUUCUUCAGCGACCCAGCGCAGGAGCCGGCUGAGGAUGUGUUCCUCACAGAGCUGUGCACCAGCAUGCAGGAGAGCAUCUCCCACAGAGAAUUAGCCAUGUCCAAGAAGAAAGUGGCAUUGGAUGGUCCUGGCAUAGAUCUCACAGUAAUGUACAGAAAGGUGAUGGUGAGUGACCGGAUGAAGGAGGUGGCAAUGUCCCUGCGCUCCACAGGUCUGGUGAUGAAAGCCAUCCCUGCCGAUGAGGCCGAAGAUCUGGUGUGCCUGAACGUGAACAUCACUGAAAUCAUCAAGAGCAACAACUUGUCAGGGAGGUCGUUCUCAGCUGUGGCAAACAGGUUGAAAACACACAGUAUCAAAAUCAGGAGCACAGAGCAGAGGCCCUUCACGCUGUGUCUGGACAAGGACAGCAGAAGAGCUUAUAGGAAUGUGAUCAGCGUGGAAGUGUCUCCUUGCCUAGAGCCCAGCUACUGCUUACAAAAGACAAGGACAAUGAAAUUCAGCUCGCAUGAAGCAGAGGACGUGGGGCUCGUGAAAUACAUGCCCAAGUCUCUGCUGUUGCCCAUCAACACGUUUGCAGGUGUCAUCCAGUGAAGCAGACAAGAAAAAGCAGUGUGAGAGGAUGUAACACUGGGUCAUCAUAGAAGAAAUGGGAAAAGAAAACACACUAAAAGUCACUCACAGUGAUUUUACAAAGAUAAUGCUACUUCUAAAGCUGCAAGAGUGGAGAUGGGUAGAGCUUGAGGAAAGCAGCCAUGCUCUGGUGAAUGACAGUGAUGACCGCAGCUAACAUCCCCCUGCCAAGGGGCAGGGUGUUGCUGAAGAAUCAGCAGUUUUAACCUUUGGUGCAAGCUAGGGAAAAGCUUUGAACGCCUUCAUUUCAGGUGAAGGACUGGGGAAAAUAUAGCUGAGGUGAUGGCUACUUGCUAUGGUUGUGGAACAAGGAACAGGUUCUAUCAAUAAUAUUUAUUAUGGUGGUGUCUCCUAGCCGGACGGGUCAGGACCCUGUUGUGCUGGGUUCUGCACACAAAACUGUAGCUCCGGCACAAGGCAAUAUAUUUGGGCAAAUUAUCAAUUAUUCCCCUGAUGUUGAUUCAAGAGCCCUCGUUACAAGCCUGACCACAGCUGGGAGAGUUUAUGUGUCCAAUGCAGCUUCUACGGAAGUCAGUGGAAAACCUGCUGUUGUUUCAUGAGGGCCACACAAAGUAACGACGGAUGGUGUGAAACAGGGACGUGGGAAAUUUGGUGCAAUAUUUUGAAGUGAUGAACAGGACAAGAACAGCUCAGGCUGUGCAGGCAGUGCUGCAGAAUAUGCUCUCCACUCGCUGCUUGGUUGUGAAUGGCGGUAGGUUUGCUCUAAGAACUUGGCCUCCUCUGAGCAGACAGAGGAGGCUGUGCAGCAGCUCUUGGACUUCUGAGCUAUACUUCUGACAUCCACCUGGGAUCUUGCUGUGGCUUCACUAUAUGACCUCUCAGUGUCUGGUCUGGAGAGUGUGCUGUAUCGCUGAGCUCAGCCCCGUUCUCACCAGCUUCAGUUGCGUUCCUCCAAACCUUGCAAUCCUACCAGCAAUGGACCUCCUUCAUGAAGUCAGCCAGUGGUAUCUCUGCUGUCCCAGUCUACCCUGCAGUCCUGUUUUGGACUGUGUCCAUCACAUGGGUAAAAGAGGUAGAAGAGUGGAGUAGUGCUUGUGGGAUCGAUGGAGGGGUAGGAUGCCUGGAACAUUUCUCCAUUCCUUUGCUGCUAUCAUGGUUUAGAUAUCCUCCUCUGGUUUGCAGAUGGGCCAGGUUGGGCAGCGACAGCACAGCUCCUGCUUCCACCCAGGCUCAAGCUAACUUAGUUUUAAGCAGGAUGAUUGUGGAAGCAGGGAGUGUAGGAGACUCCCCUCUGCAUUCCAGUUUAUUGCAGACUGAAGCAAUGGAAGAAACACAUAUAUUUGACUUUCUGAAUCUGAUCUGUGGUAUCCAGGGUGUCUCCAGGGAGUUCUCCCUAAAUUCCCAGUGAAGAGGAUUUGGGGGCAUUACUUCUAUGACACUAUCAUUUUUUAUUUUCUUGGCUCCCAGGUAACUCUUUGCCUGGGUUGCCUUCAGUCAGAGGUGCUUACUCAGACCAGCUACCUGAAGAAAGUCUCCUUUAGCUUUGCAUAUGUGCAGAGCAGCUCUUCCCAGUCUUCUCCGGCUGGAACCCCUGGGGAGUCCCUUGGGGCCAGCUCUGCACUACAAGGCGAUGCUGGCCCAGCCGGCUGCAGUUGCACUGGCAAACCCCUAGGUCAGACCUGAUGGCUCACGUCAGCCGGAGAAAUGCCCAUGAAGCAUGGCAUGAAGCUCAGAUUUUCUGCCACAGCUCUGUCCGCAGCAGAACAUGGGUGAGUCAGCUAGUUUAAGGUUAUGGUCGCCAAAGAGACAGGUGCCUCCUGAGGACCGCUCAGUCCCUCCUCAGAAAGCUGCUGAAGGUGAGCAAUAAAUUGACCUUGACCUGCUCCCUGAUUUUCACCCAAUACCCAUGGUGAGAGGGGCAGACAGAGAUGGUCCCACAGUCUGGGGAAGAAAUCCACCACUCUGCCCUAGCAGUGCUGAGUCUGCCUGGCUCUGGAGGGGCUGCACCUCCAGACUGUCACUUCUGUUUAGACACCCAUGUCUGGAACAGGGAGCCCACCUCCAGGUAUAUAAGUUUGGGGUAUUGGAGAGGAGCUUUCCUUCCAUAGAACUGCUUUCAGCUUUUAGGAUGUCUUGGCUUUUUAAGCCCUAUGCCAAUCCUGCUUGCAUUUCUUGCCAUGUACACAAAGCUUUAGUGGUUUAACUCUCAGCCUUGCCUUGUUCCUGUCUUGCAAACACAAGCCCAGUGUCCCUGAGCUCCAUGGCUUAUUCUCACCUAAUAUUUUUGCUCUCUGUUUCCAAGCUAAAGGCUUAUUCACUCUCACCUUAAAUGUACAAUGCAGCCUAAAACAACCCACUGAAAUACACUACUGGGGGCAAAAUAGCUCUAGAACUGUUGGCGAGUGAUGGGUAUUUAGCAAUGUAAAGAAUCUCCUGGUCUGAAAAAGUAUUUAAUCUCCAAACCAGCACAGAACAGUCAGAAAGAUUAUGUUGGGUGACAGUAACACAACCACUUCCUAAGGGAAGCAGCCGUGAAAUGCUGGUAGAUGUAGCCCAUCGUUCCAGGCUGAGCCAAGCACAGUUCCUGAGCCCGUGCAGGAGUGACAAAGCUGCAAGAUCUCAGCAGCAGUGUUUGAUUCUUCAGUACUGUUUUUCACCUCAAUUUGCUCACAGUUCACAAACUGUUAAUGCCCACCGCUGCCAGCCUUAGGCAGCAAUCAUUUUGGCCCUGGAAGGGAGCUGAAGUUGGAAAAGAGUCUCAGAGACAAGUAAAGAAAGGCUUGUCAGCUGCUGUGUAGGGUAACGAGUGGUUUCAGGGACUGAUCAGCAGCAAUUCACACCUCUGCCUCCUUGGGACUUUGAUGGAGGGUUCACAUACCACCAGCAAGCAAGGCAAAUGCUUACAAAGCUGUGUGCUAGCUUGGAGCAUGGAUGGUGGUGUCCAGAGUUGGCUCUGUACAAUUGUAAAUGAUAUAGAUGGAUAAUAAAUUAUUUGUAUAGGUGACAGAGAUGAUCUGUAUCAGAAGGUGCAAUCCUUUAAAUGGCAAUUAAAAUACAUUUUAGAAGAAAACA